UCGAAUUUGGGGAAGCGCUAAGUAUAUUUCGCCUGUGGUAGAUUGGCAUGACCUUGAGCUUGAUCAUUGAAGCGUUCUUGAUUUAUGCUAAGAUUUCACUCUUUGUUUACCAUGACUACAACUUCCGAUGUAUCAUUAACCAAUUCCAUCCAUGAUCAUAUUUACUGCUACUGCGGCUUUGAAUUCGAGCACUGAGUACUAUAACUACUAUUACCGCAUGGUACGAGGGAUUUCAUCCCCACGUGGCAUGUCAAAGCUGAAUAUCGCGGUCAAUAUUCUGUUCGAUUAUUUGAACCAGCACUAUCCAGUUGCAGCAGACAUGAAUCCCGUACCUGACUCUAUCGAAUUCAAACCCUCCUCAAGUAAAGCCAUUGUCUCUUUAUUUAUUGGCUUGGAGCUCUCUGGCGCUAUCGGGAUGGCAGUCAUCCUCUUCACUGCAAUCUUUUCGCAUCAAGUCAAGCGCUUGGCGACGUGGUAUACGUUCUGCGCUUCUUGGACUAUCUCGUGUCUUUCAUACUCCCUGCUUUUCUUUGCUGGUGAAAUAAACUCGCCUGAGCCAAGAAAAUCAAUCUGUGUUCUUCAAGCGGCAUUGAUGUAUUCUGUUCCUACUCUGACGGCUGCGAGCACCCUGGCUCUUCUUGUGCACUCAUGGUACAAUGUUCACUUCGGCCUAUCGAAACCUCCUCUAGAGUCAAAUCCACGCGUCAUCAUGACUAUGCUCUCUGCGCCAUUUCUUUUGUGGACCUUACUGCUGAUCGGCUUCCUCUCGUUGGGUAUCAAGAGCCCGUCGUUAGUGCAUAACUUUGGUCUCUACUGCACCUUCAUGCAAAUUCUGCCAGCUAAAAUUUCAUCCUUAUUCGUCAUCAUAACCACUUUCUCUACUAUCCCUAUUCAAGGAACUUUGACCGUAGCUCCAGCAGCAGCACAAUAUCUGUCCAAACUCUCAAGAUGGUGGUUCGCGUGUUCACGUUUAGCUUUCUCAUCCUUAUUGGAUUUGUCGAAGGACUCAUACACCUUCUGACACUGUAUCGCAACAGUGCAGUGGAUAUGAUCAUGGCUCUCUUGCCCGUAUCCGGUG